AUGAACAAGAUAAAAGAAUUUUGUAGUGGGUACAUUAAAACUAUACUAUUUGCGAUUGAGUUUAAACCUAGAUUUUAAGUAUAAUAAUAUUUAUGAAACAGUUUCCUCAAGAGCUUUUUAUUAUUCCCCAUCUACUGCAUCAUGUUUAAUUAUUAGGCUUAUUUUUGGAAAGAUCUUCAGAUUAAGCAUUUGAUUAUGUUGUUUUACUGUCACAUUUUUCUUAAUUUGAGCCUAUAUUAACAGAAGACUUAAGCAAAAUAUUUCUAUUUAUUAUAUUUGCUUUUUAAAUAAUCUUACUAUUUUAUCUACUUAUUGCAACAUUUGAAACUUAAAGAGUAGCCUUAAACUUUAAAUAGAGAUUAAUUUUAGAGAAAAAAAUAGAAUCAGUUAACUCUAUUUUACACUGGUACUUUACUUUUUAUAGUGUCUUUACAAUACCAAUAAUUGUAAUUAGUGUAAAAUUUAUGUUAACUGAUUAUUUUGUAUUUGGAUAUUUUAACGCAAUAAUGUAGUAUUGUUAAGGAAUAAUAUUGAUAUAUUUGUUAAGAAAUCAUAGAUUUGCUGAAAAUAAUUCUUUUAAAAGAAGAUUUGCAUAUGUUCAAUUGUUCAAUUAUACAAUUAGUUACUUACUAAUUAUUUUUAGAUUUUAUUAAGAAAUUACAUUUGUUAAAUAUAUAUUUGGAUUUUCAUAUGCAUUUUUAUAAAUAGUUGAUUAAUUUUAUAGCUGUCCUUAUAGGGAUCCAUUUCGAGAACCAUCUUUGAAAGUAGCUAUGGUACUUUUUAGUAGUAUUUUCAUAUGUUUAAUGUUUUCUUUGGAAAUAAUAUCAGAUGGAUAAUUAUUUUGGACUUUGUUUGUUGCUGGAUUAAUAAGCGGAGUUUCAACUAGUAUAAGUUCUUUAUUUCAUGAAUUUGCUAUGACUAAUUAUAAUUCACGUUUCAAUUUAUAAGAGAAAUAUAUAAUUAUAGGAGUAGAUUAAUUUUAUAGUCACUUUAAUCAUUUUUAAACAAGUGAAUACAACAAAUUAACUUACUUUUAAUAAUUGAUAAAACAUAAUGAGAAUUGUCUUAGACCUAAAUGUCCUUCUUAAAGGUCUAAAUUAUCAUAAGUUAAUUUUAAUGAUAAAAUAUAAUUACAGAAACUAACAAUUGAUGUAGUAAGUUGUAUUUUUAAGACAUGUCAUAGUAGAACUGUAGUAAAAAAUGGUGAAAUUCAUAAACCUAAAUUUGAGCAAUUAUAAUUAUAAUACAUUAGUUUUUUAUCUUCAACAGCUUAAAGACCAUUGAUUGGUUAUGUUGAAUUACGAAGAUAUUAAUAAGAUUAGACUAGUGACAAUUCCUUAUAUUUUAGAGAAUUGACAUCUAAGAUUUCUGCUGAGUUGGAAUUUUCAAUUUUAUAUCUUCAAGAAAGAAUGAUUUAAUAGCAAUUUAGAAAAGAAAAAUAUAUGGCAAGGGAAGAGAAAUUAACAAUCGCAUAAUUGUGGAGAAGUGUUAAUUUUUAUUAAGAAAUAACUCCUAAAAUAAUAGAUGUUAUAGAAAAGAAAUAAAAAUUUUGGGAUAAUUUAAUUGAAGGUUAUGAUGAUUUGGAACCAUUUCAUAAAGAAUAGCUAUAAUUAUGUAAAUCUAUAGAUGAAAUAUAUAAAAAAAUUAAAUGUAAUAGUUAUAUUUAAUAAUUAAGCAACAAUUAUAAUUCCGGAGGUAUUUUUUGAUAGAUCAAAAGAUAUAAGUUUAUAAACAGUUCUCAAGACAUUAGAUCCAGAAGAUAGAAAUAUUAAUAUAUUAAAUUUGAAGUUAUAUUCUAUUCUAUAUUCAGUCAUUUUAAAUGAUUUUGAUAGAGUAAUAUAUUAUAUUGUUAUUUAUUUAGGCAUUUUAAGCAGAGAAAUAAAUUGAAGAAUUAAUAAAGGAAGAUAGAUAAAAAUCAAUUGAAAUAAUUGAUGAUUGUGCUUUACUUAAAGAUGAUGCUGUAAUUAUAUUAGUAAGUCUUGUAAAAAAGAAGGGUCAUAUUGUGAAUAAGAAUUUAUUGACUUUGGCUAAUUUUUUUGAAUUUCAAAAUGUUUAAGACAUAGCAGGAGUAUAAAAAAUAAUUAUUAUAUUAGUAAACUCUAAUAUCAUCUUUUCUACCACCUGAUUUAAGGGCAUUACAUGAUGCUUCAUUAAAUGACUUUGUUUCAAAAGGAUUUACUAAAUAUUCUGUUUAAAGCAUUCAUUCUUUUUAUUUAUAAAAAUAGGGCUAUUUAAGAGAAUGUUAUAUUAAAUUGGGAAAUUUAUUUUAAGAUCCCUCUGAUUUUAUAUUAACAGGUUCAGUUCUUAGAUUGCAGCCCUCUUAUGAUAUAAUUAUUUUUGAUAGUUAUGGCAAAAUAAUUGGUUCUAGCUAAGAUUUUUUUGAAAAAAGAAUUUUACCUAAUAAUCCAAAUAUGACAAUGGAAAGAUUUGUUGAAUAAGGGUAUAUCUUUAUGUUGAUGCCAUUUAUUUUAAUUAAUUUAAGAAAAUUAGCUAAUGAGACAGAAACAGAAUUUGUUGAUUAUACUUAUUUUCCAGAAUAGUUAUAAGAUAUUGGGUUAUAAUAUGGAUAAUUUUUUAAUGAUAGAUAAAAAUAAGAUCAAAAAUUAUCAUCUUAUAAUUUAACUACAAUAAAAUCUUAAUUAGUUUCUCAUGCUUCAGCAAUCUCAGCAAGAAGUUUCAUUAAUUAAGAAGAUUAGAUUAAAAUUAAAGGAUUAAAUAUCCCUAUGUUACAAAUAGAAAGGAUGAAUUAAAUACUUGAUUUUUUAUCGAAAUAUCAUGAUGAAUAAUCUAUUAAAUGUGAUAUUCUUAAAAUUAAAUACAAUAUUGAAUUUUAAACUAUGGAAACAAAAAAAGAAAGAUUUCCUUACUUUAUAUUAAAAUUAGAACCUCUAAGUGAAUUUGAAAGGUCUGAUACAAGUUCAAUUAUACCAUAUAAAAAAUCUAUUCGGAGAACUUUGAUGGCUCUUAAAUAUGGAGAAUAUCAAACUGGAAUAGAUUCAUCCAACACAAAAAACUUUAUAACAAGAAAUUUUUAGUAAAGUUCUGAAUAAUUAAAUGAAACAGCUGAUUUAAAAGGUCCUUCUGAUUAACAUUUAUUAGAAUAGAUUAUGGAAAUAAAUGACAUAUCAAAUUCUAAAAUUGUUAAAUAACUUGAUGAAUCUAAAGUAGUCUUUGAAAAUCCAUAAAUUUCAAGAAUAGAAGAUUAAGAUUUUCAGUAAUUAGUUCAAGAAAUUGAAGAAAGUAAAAUAAAUGCUUAAUAACCUGAACAACAAGAACAAUUCGAAGAUCCUAAAUAUGAUUCUGAUCUAAUAGAAAAAAAGUCUGAUAGUUCAAAAGGCUAAAAAUAAAAAAAAAAAAAUGAUAUUCUUGAUAUUUUAAGAAAAAAUAUCAAUAAUUAAGAAAUUUUAGAUCAUGAUAUUAAAUAAUCAUCUAGACCAAGUUCAACAAAAACAUCAUCAUCAAAAUCUCCAUAUUUAUUAAUUAGAUCACUCUAUCAAUUAGGAGAAAUUAAUACAUAAAUUUGGCUAAUAAUCAUAUUAAAUGUUAUUGUUUGUUUUGUUGCUUUAAUAUUAGUUUUCAUUAAGAUUUACAUCGUUUAAGGUAAUAAAUUUAACAAUAUUUUAAGAUUAAUUUGGAAUUCUUUAAACGAAUUUAAAUUAUGUUCAAUAUCCAGAAAAAAUUAAUAAUUACUUUUUAAAAACUUUGAUGUUCUCAUCCAAUAUUCUUCAUUAGAAUUUAGGACUAGUUAAAUAUAGUUAAUUAGUAAAUGAUGCUCUUAUAACGGAAUUUAGUAAUUUAGCCUUAAAUAUCGAAUUAGAUUUAAAAAGUAUAUAUGAAGAUAUCAUUUCUUUUGAAAAUUAAGUAAUACUCUUAAAUGAUAAUCUCAGAAUAAUUAAUAAUUUACAGCAAUUUGACAUUACAUUUGAUCUGACAAUACUUUUAGAAUAAAUUUCCUCAAAUUCAAUCACUUUAAAUUAGUAAAUAAAAAAUGAAUUAGAUGAGAAAUUCUUAUCAUUAAAUUUAUUUUUUAAAUUAAAUAUGGUCCAAGUAAUUACAGUUAGUAAAAGUUAUAUAAAUUAUCUUAAUGAAAAUUUAAUAUUUUAUGAAUAAUAAAUUGUUAAUGCUUUAAUUUAUGUUGUGGUAGCAGAGCUUUGUGUGAUAACAGCUUUUAUGAUUUUGAUAAUCAAAGUUUUAUAGGAUGUAAACUAUUUAAUUAGAAAAAUAUUAAUCUUAAUAACAAAAUUAAGUGAAGAUGAUGUAAAUUAGAUUAAUAGAAUUUACAAUGAAAUUAAGACUAUUUUAAAGGAUCCAAAAUAAGUUUAAUGGAAAUAAACAAACUUUGUUAAAUGCAUUUUUGAAUCAAAUUUUGUAAAGGCAAAAUAAGAUUUAAAUUUUCUCUAAUCUUAGAGUGGAUCAAGUGCUGCAAAAAACGAAAAGUAGAAAUUUAAAAAGAGAUAUCAAAACAGUUCCUUAACAUCGAGAGUAUACAACUUAAGAUUACCAUAAAUUUGGAAUUAUGCAUUCUUAUUUGUCUCAUGGUUAUUUUUAGCUGGAUAUUUACUUGGUGCAUUAGGAUUGUCUAUAUCAAUGGUCUAAUCUAUUAAACCAGCUAUAACUCUUAAUUUAUAAUUAAUAGAAUUUAAAUUAAAGUUUGACUCUUUAGUAGUUUAUGGAGAAAUAUUAAAAACAGAUUAUUUAGUAAAUAAAAAAUUAAAUUCAAUUUUUGAUUUAUCUUAAAUUUAAUCUAAUUUAGAUAGAGUUUUAACAGAAUUUUUUUCCUUAUAAGAAGAUUUUUAAGAUUAAUUAUCUGUAAUUUAUGAUCAGUUAGCAUCAAGUUCAUCCCUUUUAGAAGAAUAAAAAAACUCUUUGUUAAUUCCUUUUAGAAGUUCACUUUGUGAAAGCAAUCCUAGUUUGGUUCCAUCUUGUUCGACUAAUUUAGAAGCAUCUUCAGAUAAUAGUUAAGACUAUGUAUCUGGAGGAAUAGUCGAUAUGGUACAUGAAUUUUCAAAAACAUUGAAAACAUUUUGGUAAACAAAUGAUUAUGCUAUAAUUGAUGAAAUUUAAUUAGAACAGUUUUUAUCUGGGUAAGUUCACACAACAGAAUUCAUCCAUCAUUUUCUAUUUUAAGGAAAGAUAAUGGAACAAAUUGCAAGCACAAUGUUAAGUUUAAAUAAAAACACUUUAGAUUCUGUUAUAUUAACGUUUCAGAUUUAUAUGUAUACAAUGGGAUUGGUAUUGAUUAUCAUAUAUAUUGUAUGUUUUUACAAAUGGAUUUUAAGGUUAGAUAAUGCAAUGUAUUUAACAAAAUUAGCUUUAACUUUAAUUCCAGCAGACUCUUUGAAUGAAUAAAAAACAAUGACUGACUUAAAAAAUAUUUAAAAUGAUUGAGA